AUGAAAGGUGUAGGUAGUUUGAUGAUAUUGAUAAUGGUCAUUUUUAUCGAUAUUUCAUAUUUGUGCGCCGCUGAAGAAUUUGUCGAUCUGAUGGAAAUUGAUACCAUACCCCAUCGAUUCGAAUGUUUUUCCUGUAUGUCAUUGAGUUAUCAAGAACGCUGGGAGCAUCUGCAAUACAUUUAUACAGCACCUAAGAUGUUUACGAAUCGAUGUAAUGAGCCACAACUUUCAAAUCACAUUCCCACUGUAGUUUGUUCAACAAUGUGUGCUAAUUUACUUGAACCCGAUGUUGAAGCUGGUGUAUUCAUCGGUUUUAAAUUCAUCCGUGGUUGUUUGGAUCGAGUGUUAAGGAAUGGUUUCAAUGAAACUGCAGUAAAAACGCACCGCUUCCAAACGGUGAAUCAAUGUCGAAGUUUACCUCGUGCUCACUUGUACAAUUUGGACCGCAGACAACUUUACCCAGUAUUUGGUGAUGUACAGUUGUGUACUUGUUAUGGAGACAGAUGUAAUGGUUCAUCAGAUACUACUAACAAUUCAAAUUAUAGUAUAUUACUGUUGUUGACAUCUUUCACUGUCCUACUAAGGAUAUGA